UUCCCCAUAAUGACGGAGGGGACAGCGGGCCUGAAGCGUCUCGUUUUCUCCCGUCGUAGUUUUCCGGCGCGGCGCCCGCGUCGGGACUUCACCAGCAGCUCAGCGGUGAUCUCGUGUCUGUCUCUGGGCAGAACUACGGCUCUGCUCCGCGCGAUCAGCUGCUCCGCGGUGUAAAAUAUGCGCGCUCUGGCCCCAACGCACAUCGUAGCUUUUAAACAGCGUUUUUACUGCGCCAAACUUAGAAAAACUAUAUAAAAGCUGUGUACAGUUUGUGUACACUAAUGCUACUAACAAAACACUAAAGAGAUAAACAUAAAUAAAUGAAGAAAGAAAAAAAACAACAACAAAAAAAAACACGUUAUAAUAGUUGGUAACUUUACCUACUAUAAGCUGUAAGAUCGGUUGUUUGCUAUUGUUAGUUAACAGUGUUGACUGCAUGUAAACCAUCAUGUGGUGCCCCCCUUGGGGUUUAUUGCCCCUGUGAAGUCUGCUCUUAUAUGGCCACACAGAACACAGCAGAAAACAUAUGUUCAUGGAACAGUGAACAACAAAGCUUUUGGACUGAAUGUUCCUAGUUCAGUUUGAUUUCAGUUUGACAAAAAAAACUAUGGCAGCCAACAUCUCCUUGGGGUCUGGUCGAACUUCACCAUACACUGCUCUUUAUCAGGUGAUUUUAGUUCAGGUUUUGGUGUCAGUUUUCCUUUGCAUCAACUUGUUGCUAAUCUCAACUUUUUCAAGGCAGGAAUUCUUCUACACAACCAUGCGCUACAUCUUAUUUGCUGUUACACUUUUGUCAGAUAGUCUGUUUUUACUCAUUACAGACAUAAUGUAUAUUUUGAUCUACUUUCGCUUUACUGUACAAAUGUGGUUGUGUCUUAUUAUGUGUAUUUUCUUGAGCCUGUACACUUUUGCCACACCAGUUACUCUGACAGCAAUGACUCUGGAGCGUUACGUGGCCAUUUGCAGGCCUCUGCACCAUGCAGAGCUCUGCUCCACACGUAAAGCUGUGCACUGCAUCCUCAUCAUCCACUGCAUCAGCUCUGUGCCCUUCAUUGUUAUUUUCUCCAUCUUUAUAGACUCUGCUGCCCACAGCUUUUACACGGAGAACAGCAAAUGUAUUAUUGACAUAUUUAUUGUUCAUAAAUGGCAGAGCCACCUCUGGUCAGCAAUAAGUCAGUUUUACUUCUUAAUCAUGUGUAUUGUUAUUGUUUGCUGCUAUUUUAAAAUAAUGAAAGUGGCCAAAGGUGCAUCGGGAGAAAACAAACACUUGUCAUGGAAAGGACUCAGGACAGUGGCCCUUCACGCUUUCCAGUUACUGCUCGGUCUCAUUCAGUUGUGGUGCCCAUUCAUAGAAGCUUUUGUGAUUCAGAUCAAUUUUGCAAUGUAUGUUAACGUCAAGUACUUUGAUUACAUCGUUUUUGUUCUUGCUCCAAGAUGUCUGAGUCCUCUAAUUUAUGGCCUUAGAGAUGACAGAUAUUUCCGUGCACUAAAACACUAUGUUCUCUGUGGCAUGUAUCAGACAUUGUCAGAAAAUUUAUUUUAG